GUGACAUUUUGGCUGUCCAUGUUUUCAUUACCGUUCGCUCGGUUUCGGUUUCGGUUCUGCGAAAGUUGUCGUCAUAUUUGUUGUCGUGGUGUCGGAGGAUUGGCCGCUUGGACAAUUAAUUGCAAUUUGAACUGUUAUUAUGUCUAGUGUCUUAAGUGGAGUAUCUUCAUUACCUCACGAAAAAAUCUACUAAACCUGUAGAAAAAUAUGAAGAACAAGCAUUAACAGAUACGGAAACAAUUGCGACAAUGAAUCAACCAAAGGAUGCAAUCAUUCGCAUAGACGUGCCAGGCACAUCGAAACAUACGGAGAGAACAGAACAGGCGGACAUCAACAUACUAUGCCUUGAUCUAAAGCCAUUCAGUUUCAUAACCCAGUUUAUGUUCUGUCUCAUUUUCGUAUUCAUAUUUUACUUAGCGUAUGGAUAUUACCUGGAAUUAUUAUUUGCAAAUUCUGAAGUAAGCUUCUACAUAACUCUAGUUCAAUUUUUAAUAACAACCGCAUUGAGUUACGUUGAAUCAUUGAUAAGGAGUCCUAUAAAACGGAAAGUACCGCUGAAAACAUAUGCGCUACUAGCAGGAUUGACUCUCGGUACCAUGGCUUUUUCAAACCUUGCCUUGAGUUACCUAAACUACCCAACGCAGCUGAUCUUCAAGAGCUGCAAACUAAUACCUGUGAUGAUUGGCAGUAUUAUUAUACUGGGCAAACGAUAUGGAUUUCUGGACUAUGUGUCGGCUGUGGUCAUGUGUAUUGGCCUCACUAUGUUUACUUUAGCGGACUCCCAAACAUCGCCGAAAUUCAACUUUAUUGGUGUAAUAGUGAUAUCGUUGGCUUUGCUCUGUGACGCUAUCAUCGGAAACGUUCAGGAGAAGGCGAUGAAACAGCAUCACGCGUCUAACAAUGAAGUCGUGUUUUAUUCUUACGCCAUCGGCUCCAUAUAUUUGCUGUUUAUAACCGUGCCUACUGGGAUUAUGUCGGCAGGCAUCGUAUAUUGUGCACAGAACCCGCUGAUAAUGUACUCGAAUAUCUUCUUCCUGAGUUUGACCGGGUAUUUGGGCUUGCAAGCAGUACUGACACUGGUCCGCAUCUGUGGCGCCACCAUCGCUGUUACUGUGACAACCUUCAGGAAGGUUCUCUCCAUCAUCAUAUCGUUCCUGGUGUUUAGCAAACCUUUUGUGUUCCAAUACGUAUGGUCAGGUAUGCUAGUAAUACUAGCGAUAUACUUAAACCACUACAGCAAGAAGAAUCCAAAUUAUGUGCCUAGUAUAGUGGUGAGAUGCUGGCAGUACAUGAAUGGUAUUUACCAGUCCGAAUACCGGUAUUUAAGGAUUAAGAGCAAGAUGUACGCCGAUACGGUAUAAAUAUUAAAAUUUAUCUAGUUUUUAAGUAGAUCAAUGGGCUAAGUUGCAUUGACGGGUUUUCUAUCAAGAUUCA